UUUAUAAAAAACUACGCGUACGUGUUUGAUACUAUUAAUAAGGUGUAGUAUUAAACCUUCAUAAAGUUGUUUGUGGUGAAAGAGUUACCAAUUUUGUGUAAUUGAAUGUAAAUUUGUGAUUUUGUGAGAAUAAUAAAAGUUAUUUGUGAAAAUAAGACAAUUUACUGUGGAUUGGAAGCAUACAAAAUUAUACAUCAUGCUUGCCUUCUUGUCAGAGUGUGCAAUAAGAACAAGAUUUGUAUUAAGUGCGGGUAGUAUCAAGAUUCAAAGAAAUCUUUGUACAACUAUCGAAGAUUGUAGGUCACCUCUGGCUGGUAUUCGUAUUUUGGAUCUAACAAGGAUUGUGGCUGGUCCUUAUUGUACUAUGAUCCUUGGUGAUCUUGGCGCUGAGAUUUUAAAAAUUGAAAGACCAGGUGGUGGAGAUGAAGCAAGAAAGUGGGGUCCACCAUUUGUGGAAGGAACACAAGAAUCACUUUAUUUUCUUAGUGUUAAUAGAAACAAAAAGAGCAUAUGCAUUGACUUAAAAAACGGUAAAGAUAUAAUCUAUGAACUGGCAAAAAAGUCUGAUGUUUUGGUAGAGAAUUAUGUUCCUGGAAAGUUAGGACAAAUGAGUUUAGGAUAUGAAGACAUUUCCAAGGUAGCACCACACCUUAUAUAUUGUUCUUUGACUGGUUAUGGAUACGAAGGUCCUUAUAUGAAUAGACCAGGAUAUGAUGUAAUUGCUGCUUCCAUAGGAGGUUUGUUAGACAUAACAGGUCCAAAGGAUGGACCACCUUGUAAAGUUGGAGUAGCUGUAACUGAUUUAGCAACAGGUUUAUAUGCUCAUGGAGCUAUAAUAACAGCAUUAUAUCAAAGAACAAAAACCAAUAAGGGACAAUGGAUUAAUUGUAAUUUAUUAGCAACACAAGUUGCUAGUUUAAUAAAUAUUGGUUCAAAUUAUAUAAAUGCUAACAAAGAAGCAACACGAUGGGGUUCUGAACAUGAAAGCAUCGUACCAUAUGAAGCUUUUCCAACAAAAGAUGGAUAUAUGACUGUUGGAACAGGAAGUAACGUGCAAUUUUUAGAUCUACUUAAAAAAAUGCAGUUACCAGAAUUGUUUGAUGAUGAUAGAUUUAAAAAUAACAGUGCUAGAGUAGAAAACAGAGAUGAACUGUUACAAAUUCUUAGGAGGGAAUUCAAAAAAAGAAGUAAUAAAGAAUGGGUAGUCAUAUUUGAUGGUUCUUCUUUUCCAUAUGGUCCAAUAAAUACACUAAAACAGGUAUUUGAAGAUCCUCAUGUAAAACACACAAAAAUGGUACAAGAAAUGGAACAUUCCACAGGGAAGAACAUAAAAGUUGUUGGUCCUGCUGUAAACUACAGUUAUGCUUCAAAUAAAGUUAGAUUAGCACCUCCUAUGUUGGGACAACAUACAGAAGAAAUAUUAAAAUGUGUUUUGAACUAUUCUGAUGAUAAAAUAAAUAUGUUAAAGAGAACUAAAGUGGUGCAAUAA